AUGAAGAUUUUUAAGAGCCACAAAUUUAUCGAAUGGAUGGCCAUAAUAUUGCUAUCUUGCGUUGCGCAUGACAACAGGUAUUGCUGCCAUGUGCAUCUGAAGUGUAUGAAUGAUACAGCAAGUGUUAAUUUCUUACGAGAUAUCUCGACAGCUCAAUUUUGGACUAUUUUUUUCCUACCAAAACAAAUCCCAGAUGAAGAAGACGGCGUGUGUAACGAAGUUAGUAGGUGA